AUCGUUAUCAUUAAUUAAACCCGCAAUUAAAGACCAUAACUUAGAUGCUGAUUUGUCUAAUAAAUGUUAUAAUAAACGUGUUAUGUUGGUUUUUCAUUGCAUGGAAAUCUGAAUAAUGUUUCUGAAGAAGUUCCCAUAAGUUCAGACCUUAGUAAAACUACUGCAUUUAUUAUGGUUAGUAACUUAGUACAAUAUAGGAUACAAAUUUACUCAAAUCGUGACUUCCCUUUUCAAACUGGAAAACAUAUAUGGAGGGAAGAUUUUUUUUUUCCUUUACAAAAUGUUUUCCUUCCCAAUACCAAUACGUUGUACUCUAAAUUUUUGAUUCAAUGUAUAUUUGCAAGAUUUCUCUAGUUUGAAGGUCAAAGAAGAGGGCAAAAAAAAAUAAAAAAAUGCCAGCAGUUUGGUUUGCUUUAAAGAGAUCAUUGCAGUGCAGAUCAGAGAUAAAAGAUGUGCAUGAUCCAAGAACUGAUGGCAGAAAUUUAAGCAAGAUAUCGACGAAAAGGACGACAGUUAGGUCAGGUUGUUCAAGGUCAAUUGCAAAUCUGAAAGAUGUUAUACAUGGAAGUAAAAGGCAUAUGGAGAAGCCACCUUUGCAGAGUCCAAGAUCUAUUGGAAGCAGUGAGCUAUUGAAUCCAAUUACACAUGAAGUUGUGUUAAGCAAUUCAACUUGUGAACUCAAGAUUACUAGCUGUAAUUUCCAAGAUGGUAAUGGGAGUAUUAGUGGCAAUAGUGUUGAAAGUAUUUCUGCUUUUAUGGGUACAUUAAAACCAGGUACCCCUGGUCCUGGAGGACACCAUAUUGGAUCUUCAAGAAAAUAUAGAGGCUUUGGUAGCCCUAUAAGAAAAGGGUCACCUGUGAAUUUAUCAAGAAAAACGGGGGCUGGAUUUGGAGGUAUUGUUUCUAGGCCUAAGGCUUCUUCUGGUGCAGAUUCCCAUGGCUUGACUUGUCAUAAAUGUGGUGAGCAAUUUGCUAAGUGGGAAGCUGUUGAAGCACAUCAUCUCUCCAAACAUGCUGUGACAGAACUUGUUGAUGGGGAUUCUUCAAGGAAAAUUGUAGAGAUAAUAUGCAGAACUAGCUGUUCAAAGCCUGAAAACAAUUCAAAUGGGAUUGAGAGGAUCUUGAAGGUUCACAAUAUGCAGAAAGUACUAGCUCAAUUCGAGGAAUACCGCGAAUUAGUAAAAAUCAAAGCAAGCAAACUCGCCAAGAAACACCCUCGUUGCCUUGCAGAUGGGAAUGAACUAUUAAGAUUCUUUGGAACAACUGUUGAAUGUUAUCUUGGCAUCAAUGGCUCUUCUAGUUUAUGUGCAUCAGAAAAAUGCAAAGUUUGCAAGAUUCUAACGCAUGGAUUCUCAAUCAAGAAGGAAAUCAAUGGUGGGGUUGGUGUCUUUACCGCUUCCACAAGCGGAAGAGCAUUAGAAGCUAUUGAGGAAAAUGAUGAUAAUAUGCUAUGUUUGAGAAAGGCUCUAAUAGUAUGCAGAGUGAUUGCUGGUAGGGUGCAUAGACCUUUAGAAAAUGUUCGAGAAUUGAUUGGUCAAUCAGGAUUUGAUUCAUUGGCUGGAAAAGUAGGAGUCUACUCAAACAUUGAAGAACUCUAUUUGCUCAAUCCUAAAGCUUUGCUUCCUUGCUUUGUGGUGAUCUGCAAAUCAUAAAAAUAGAGCCAUUCUAUCACAAUUGAAGUUCUUAAUAUUUAGUUGAUUCCCUAUUUUUGGUAGUCGUUCUUAUUUUUAUUUUAUUCUGAUUAGAGAAAUGUUCUGUUUCUAACAAGUGUAAAUUUAUUCUUUUGCAUUGAGGUACAUGGGUUUCAA